CGUGGUCUCUGCAGCUCUUCUAAAAAUUAUAGAAAAUAAUGUAUUCGUCCACUCUAGGACCAUAGCUACUUUCCAUUCGUAAUAAGUGUUUGUGUUAUUUUAACAGAUCGCAGCCAUGGGUCGCCGGCCAGCCCGAUGCUACCGCUACUGCAAGAACAAGCCCUACCCCAAGUCCCGUUUCUGUCGCGGUGUGCCUGAUCCUAAGAUCAGGAUCUUUGACCUGGGCAGGAAGAAGGCCAGGGUGGACGAGUUCCCUCUGUGUGGUCACAUGGUCUCUGAUGAGUACGAGCAGCUGUCCUCUGAAGCUCUGGAGGCAGCCCGUAUCUGUGCCAACAAGUACAUGGUGAAGACUUGUGGAAAAGACGGCUUCCACAUCCGGGUCCGCCUGCACCCCUUCCAUGUCAUCCGUAUCAACAAGAUGUUGUCCUGCGCUGGGGCUGACAGGCUCCAGACAGGGAUGCGUGGUGCGUUCGGUAAACCCCUGGGCACCGUGGCCCGUGUUAGAAUCGGUCAGGUGAUCAUGUCUGUCCGCACCAAGGCCAGCAACAAGGAGCACAUUAUCGAGGCUCUCCGCAGAGCCAAGUUCAAGUUCCCCGGACGCCAGAAGAUCCACAUGUCCAAGAAGUACGGCUUCACCAAGUUCAACGCGGUGGACUUUGAUCAAAUGAUGGCUGAAAAGCGUGUGAUUCCUGAUGGCUGUGGGGUGAAGUACAUCCCUUCGACUGGUCCUCUGGCUCGCUGGAAGAAGAUUCACGCUAUCUAGACACCCAACUACAGAUGGUCUGGACAGGUUUAACAUCCCAUAGGAUGCCUGUCUGGUCCUCUGGCUCGCUGGAAGAAGAUUCACGCCAUCUAGACACCCAACUACAGACGGUCUGGACAGGUUCGACAUCCCAUAGGAUGCCUGUCUGGUCCUCGGCUUCACAAGAGGUCAGACAUGGUGAAUGAAUACAUCUGAAUAGUCGGCAAAUAAAAUAUUAAACUGA